AUGACAGGAAUUAAUGAAAACAACAAAUACAUACCAAAAACACCAGAAACUUAUGAAGUAAGAUUUGUGGAACAGCAAAAUCAGCAAGAACAAAGCGAACAAAAAUCUACUGCCGGAAAAGCAGCAGAAUCAGUUGCUAAUGUGCCUUCUACUGUUAAGGAAGCAAUUGUUCCUUCGGUUCAUGCUUCGGAUAGCAAGGAAGAUAAAGGAAGCAGUAAUGAUGGUAGGGGAAGUCCUAAAAUAGUUCAAGCAGAUAAUAAAAAAGAAUUAUCUGAAAUCUUUGAAAAGGUUAAUCGUGCGAGAAAGGAAAGAAAUCUUUCUCUCCAAGAGUCCUAUGAUUUGUAUUUUGAAGCCAAAGAAAAAUAUUUGGUAGCAAAGGAGAAAGAAAGAACCGAAGAAGCGGGAGAAUGGAUGCUAGUCAUUUUUUUUCUAGUAGGAAGAAUAAAGUUAGGAUUAUUAAAGAAAGGUUGUGAUGAAGUUUUAGAAGCAUUUUCCGGCUAUCUUAAACCAAAUUUACUUGCUUAUCGGUAUAAGCCAUAUGACAUUCACCAUGCCGAAGUAAAAGAAAAAAUUCGCAAAAUCAGAGGACUAAUUAAGCAAUAUGAGGAAAGUUCAACGAGAAUAUAG